ACUCCUCCCCCUCUUCCUCCCUUCCGUUAACGCCACUCCAACACACCCCCCGGCAAGUUUGACCCUUCUCUCUCUCUUUCUCUACUCGCAUGGCGAAGAACGUGCUCGUGACGGGCGGCGCCGGCUACAUAGGCAGCCACACUGUGCUCCAGCUCCUGCUCGGCGGGUUCCGGGUCGUCGUCGUCGACAACCUCGACAACUCCUCCCGGACCGCCCUCGACAGGGUCAGGGAGCUCGCCGGGGAGCACGGCCCCAAUCUCUCCUUCCACGAGUUUGACCUCCGAGACAAACCGGCGCUGGAGAAAUUGUUCGCCUCCACAAAAUUUGAUGCUGUCAUACACUUUGCUGGAUUAAAAGCAGUAGGUGAAAGCGUGCAGAAGCCAUUGCUUUAUUAUAAUAAUAACCUCAUUGGGACCAUCACCUUGCUAGAAGUCAUGGAUGCUCAUGGAUGUAAGAAGCUUGUGUUUUCCUCGUCUGCUACUGUUUAUGGUUGGCCAAAGGAGGUCCCAUGUACAGAGGACUUCCCUGUUUGUGCAAUGAAUCCAUAUGGACGAACCAAGCUUUUUAUUGAAGAAAUAUGCCGUGAUGUUUACCGGGCAGAUCCUGAAUGGAAGAUAAUGCUGUUAAGAUACUUCAAUCCAGUUGGUGCACAUCCCAGCGGCUGCAUUGGUGAGGAUCCCAGGGGGAUCCCAAACAAUCUAAUGCCAUUUGUGCAGCAAGUUGCUGUCGGAAGGCGACCUGCUUUGACAGUUUAUGGAACAGACUAUUCAACGAAGGAUGGUACUGGGGUUCGCGAUUACAUCCAUGUUGUCGAUCUAGCCGAUGGACAUAUUGCUGCAUUGCAAAAGCUUGAUGAACCCGGCAUAGGGUGUGAGGUGUAUAAUCUGGGAACCGGGAAGGGAACUUCAGUCUUGGAGAUGGUUGCUGCAUUUGAAAAGGCAUCUGGGAAGAAAAUUCCACUUGUUAUGGCCGGGCGCCGACCAGGUGAUGCUGAAAUUGUUUAUGCAUCAACAGAAAAUGCUGAACGGGAAUUGAACUGGAAGACCAAAUAUGGCAUUGAGGAGAUGUGCCGAGAUCAAUGGAACUGGGCCAGCAAGAACCCAUAUGGCUAUGGAUCCCCCGACUCGACUGACUGAUUCUGAUAGCUGAGGAUUUUGGGCGUCCUCGAAUUAGGUAUUGCUGAAUUUAGUCGUCAAUGUAUAGAAAAGGUCACCAACUACCGAGUCUUAGAACGGGGACAAAAUUAAGGUGAAAAUGCAAGAAAUAAAGCCCUUAAAUUAGUCAAUUAUUGCCCUAGCUUCCGCUUAACGUAUUAUGUCCUGUUGGUGACCUGAUGUAUAAUUCCAGAUACGACAUGCAAUAAGAAAAAUCUUCUAGUGAUUAUGCUA